AUGAGUUCAGUUAAAUUUACUGAGAUGUGUUUUAAUGAAGCUGUACGUAAUGAAAGAAACGUUUGGAAUGAUGAUCCUGCAGUAUCCCAUGCUAGACAGGCACAAGAAAGAAUUCAAGAGUUCAAUAGAUUGAAAAGAGCAAGGCAUCUUCUUGAUGCCAUUUCUCUUACAAAUGAACUAUUAACAGAUGGUUCAGAUGUAGAAAUAUUAAGUCUUGCUCCCACUGUAAUAAAAAGAUUAAAAUACUUGGGAGUAUUUGGUACAUAUUUAGAGAAUUUCAAUGAAAGCACAGCAGCAUCAAUAUUGAAACCACAUACAGGUAUCUACCAUUGCUGUACAUUCUGUUCAAGUGGUGGUAAAAAAGAAACUACUUGUGGAUGUGGAGGAACUAUGCCUGGUGGAUAUAAAGGAUGUGGGCAUGGUCAUAUUGGACAUCCUGGUGUUCACCAUUGGUCUUGUUGUGGAUCAAUCUUGCAUCAUGGUCCUUGUUUAACACUUCAAAGAUCUGUGCAUCAGCUGAUACUUUAGUAUUGGUUUGAAAUAAAUUUUAUUUUUUCAUGAA